AUGAAGGUCAAGGCCGCCUUUAGCCUGCUGGCUGUAACUGGCAGCGCGGCAUCGCUCUCAACUGUGCAACCGGCACAGAAGCCCAACAUCACCAUUGUUCCCAAUGCAUACAUUAUUGAGUUUGAGCCAGAUUUCCAUCCCUCUUUGCAACCUCAGCAACGCUUUGCCCAAACCCCUGUAGGCACCAAAGCGGGCUACCAACUUCGCCAUGAAUUCAAUUCCUUGGAUAUCUUCUCAGGAAUAUCGGUCUCCUUUCACACAGAUGUCGACCUUGAGUCUGUCAGGAAGGCCAAUGGAGUGAAGAACGCCUGGCAUGUGACGAUUGUCCCUCCGCCGGAGCCAUAUUAUAGAAACGGUGUUAGCGGAGUGAACCAGCCCCUACUUUCUGUCAACAUUCAGAAGCUUCACGACGAAGGCAUCAGAGGCAAAGGGGUCCAGAUCGGCAUCAUUGACUCUGGUGUCGAUUAUCGUCACCCCGCACUUGGCGGAGGCUUCGGACCUGGCCACAAAAUUGCUUUCGGUUAUGAUUUCGUGGGUGAUAAUUACGACGGCACCAAUACUCCCAUGCCUAGCCCUGAUCCACUGGCAACAUGUCCUGAAGGUGGACAUGGCACUCACACUCUUGGAAUUUUGGCUAUGGAAGAUCCCGACGAUGUAGGCUUUGGCCUUGUUGGAGGGGCUCCUGAUGCGACAAUAGGAGCUUACAGAGUCUUGAGCUGUCCAGGCUCUGGCACACCCAACGACAUUAUUAUAAGCGCAAUGCUUCGAGCCGCUGAAGACGGCGCAGACGUGCUAUCCAUAUCUCUUGGGAUCAUCGGCGAAUUAUGGGAAGCUCUCAACCCUUUCGACCCAGUGGUCACCCAGCUCGCACAGAAGGGAGUAGCGGUUGUGGCAGCCAUUGGCAACUUUGGCCCUGGGAUCUAUAGUGCAUCGAUUCCUGGUAUUUGCCAAGACGCGCUCAGUGUAGGGGCCGUGGAGAAUUCGAGCAAGCAGGACAUUUUCGUGCUUGGAACUGGGCUUGGAAUACCGAUCAAUGAUACUGUCGCUAAUUGGAACACAACUAUAUUGUUGGUGUCCUGGGCGGAUAAUUGCGGCACUGGCUGGUUUCAAGCUCAGGAUUUGGGCGUCACAACUAUUAUGGCUUACCUCACAAGCGAAGAUCAGCUCGUCGAGCUAGAUGAACCUGAAAACGACGGCUCCCCCGACACAUUAUAUUUGACCUACGAUAGCUCAAAAGCAAUUGUGGAAGCUAUUCAAGGCUUAUCACCUAACGAGACAUAUGGAAAUUUUGUGACCUCAUUCUCGAGCCUUGGUCCUACCAUCGAGAUGACAUUGCAUCCGAAGGUCGCUUCGCCCGGAGGCACAAUUCUAUCAACAUGGCCUCUUGCCGCGGGUGGUUAUGCCGUUGUAUCGGGAACAUCCAUGGCAACGCCGCUCGCAGCUGCCAGCUAUGCGCUUCUCAAGAGCCAAUUCCCUCAUCUAACUGUGGCACAACUCUUUGAUCGUCUCAAGACUGCUGCUUCUCCGCUCCCAGAAUACAACUCUACGAUACCAUUCACUUCCACACUUCGCCAAGGAGGUGGAAUGCUGGACGUUUAUGCUGCUGUCAAGGCUGAUUCAACAAUAAGUCCUUCGGAAUUUAGCUUAAGGGACUCUCCGAAUCCGUCACCGCAGAAGAUAACCAUAACAAACGAUUCAAAGAAACCAAAUCACUACACUUUCAGCCACGACCCCGCUGCAUUUCUUCGAGCCCAUGAAAAUUACUUGGCCGGCGAACCAAACUUUGACACCAUUAGCGCCUAUACUCCGCAUUCUGUCCCUGCGUCUGCUCAAUUCUCAACGACCAAGCUGACUCUUCAGCCCGGCGAGUCAACCACUAUUACAGUGCAUAUCACACCUCAGCCGGACAAAUAUCCGUACUCGACGCCGGUCUAUAGCGGAUUCAUUAAGAUUUCCAGCGAUAAUAACGUCUACACAAUUCCCUAUAUGGGCUUGCCAUACAGCAGGGACGCUGUUGGCCCGAUAACUCAGAAUGCCACGACGACAAUACCUUACGCUAGUCCGCAAGUCUUGUCUAUUCCAGGUGAUCAACAAAACGUCUUCUCAGCUCAGGCAACUACACCCAACAUCGACACUUAUGUUUGGAAAGCAAAUGCGUCAGACUCUGUUAUCCCAUUCUUAAGAAUCGAUAUCGGCUUGCCGUCAGCACAUAUUCUCUACGAACUUGUCCCCGCUAACACCACUUUUGUCCCAACCAUCUAUGGUUUUGAUCCUUCCGUCAAGAUUGACUACCAAGACACACCGCAGCCAAUCUUGCCUGGCUUCCUUGGUGUACCAACGUAUGGCACAAUUCAGGAGUAUAAUCUGACUGACGUUGAAGGGUCUUCUGCAACUGGCUUCUUUUAUAUGUUUCAUACUCCGACGCUAUCGAACAAUGGCGUAACUUACAACUUCACCUCUGGAGAUUACCGACCUCUUGCUCGCGCGUUGAAGUGGAAUGGCAAUGAGACUAAUCCUGAUGACUACGAGUCGUAUCUCGGACCAGUUAUAAGGGCAAAUAUUCCUGCAGAUGUAUUUCCCAGUCGCUGA